AUGGGAAAACACUGGCUUUCCAAUGUGGCUGGAGAAUUAGCACUGUUAGCAGGAUUAGUCCUAUGGGCUACAAAAUUUCCUCGAACAAGGACAGAUACAUCAAUUCUUGCAAUCCCGAAAAGAGGCGUUGGACUCAUCUCUGAGAGGUUUUUGCCGUGUGAAAAUGUCAAGCUAAACUUCUCCAAGAGCCGAAGUGUAGUAUUACAUUCUUUUGGCUUCCUCGGAAGCGUAGACGGUAAUACACUUUACCAUUUUGUAUUUGCUUGUUCGGUUGACGGCAACUUUUCUAUGAAGCAAAAGAAAAAAUGCAAAGGAACAACACAAAUUCUGAACAUGGAAGGCGCACCUCCUGUGGCCUCACCAAAUUCAUGGCUCUAUAAAGCAGAUAGAGAACUAGAGAGUUUACCUCAACAGUCUCUUCUUCAAUCUAUCAACUUGAACUAUCGUGAAAGGCUCGACAUCAAGACUAAGUUAUUUUCUUUUAGUUCCCAUGCGGGGUUGGAAUUGUUGGCCUAG